GAAUACUAAAUUGCUUGAUAGCCAACUACCACAAGUCCACAAUCACAUGAAACCAGGAUUAUGUUGGGCCCAACAUCCGAACCAAUUCCAAUCGCCCUUUCUUUCCAAGAUUUCCGAUUUUCCCUAAAUUCAAUCUCAGAUCGAUUCACCUUUUAAUCUACAAAUCACCACACCAACAUCAUGGCUUCCGCGAUCUUCAAUCAUCCAUAUUUAUCUCACCCUUCAUCGUCAUCCUCAAUAUCACCCAAAUUUUUUAGAAAACCCCCCAUUUAUGCUUCUCUCUCCACGUCUCAGAUUUCAUGCUCUAAAACCCCAACCGUUCGUUCUUUAACGUGGGUUCCUCAUAUUGGUUUAACUCCAUUUUCUUCUUGGAAUGGCCUCAGGACAAAUGGGUUAUCAAUCUCACUUCAAUCCUUGAAAUUAGAAAAGAGAAAGAAAUGUACGGGGAAGGGCGUUUUUGCAUCUUUAUUUGGAGUUGGAGCUCCUGAAGCUUUAGUGAUUGGAGUUGUGGCUUUGUUGGUUUUUGGCCCUAAAGGUCUUGCUGAGGUUGCUAAAACUUUGGGAAAAACUCUGCGUUCAUUUCAACCAACAAUAAGGGAACUACAGGAAGUUUCACGGGAAUUCAAGAGCACCCUUGAAAAGGAAAUCGGUCUUGAUGAGCUUAAAAAUCCUUUACAAGGAAAUUACACUUCCACCACACAGACCCAAAUUCCUCCUGAUACCCUUCAGAAUUCUCAGUUAACAGCAACACCACCUGCCACCACCACCACCACCACCGAUGAUGAUUCUCCAGCAACCACAACUACCCCAGAAGAUCCUCAGGCAACAGCGACAACCACCCCAGAUGUCAGUCUGGAAGAUUCCGGUGACACAACAGCAACUCCGGCUGUCACCAUGGAGGAGGAUUCUCAGCCUACAGUCGACACUACAAAUGGGUCUCCUUCAAGCAGAGUGUAUACGAGUGAAGAGCUGUUGAAGAUCACAGAAGAGCAGCUGAAAGCAGUUGCUUCACAACAGCAGAAAGAGGAGCCACCAGUGAAACCUGAAAGUGAGAUGUGAAGAAGUUAAAAGGAAAUACGGUUUUUGAUCAUAAAAUCACAUUGAGAGAGAGAGAGAGAGAGAUUUUAUAGUGCCACGUAAGUUCUACAAUAGGUUGUGAGUUCAAGUGUCUUUUGGGAUAUGUUGGUGUGUGAGUUUUAUGUGCUCAAAAAAGUUAGGAACUUGGUAGGUUAAAACAAGUGUAAGAUUUUGUACUUUGUUGUACAUUUAGCUG